AUGGUGUCGUUUAAAUUUACAGUAUUGGCAGCUAUCCUGGCGGUUGUUAAGGCUGGUGAUUAUACUCAUGGUCCACAAGUCUUCCGGAGUUAUCAAGCUCCUGUAGAAAAAUACUCGUCAGCUCCAGCUGUAUCAUACUCUUCGAUCUCAUCCCCAGUUUUAACCAAAACUGUACAACAAGUACAAUAUGCUCAUGCACCUGUAGUACAACAAUAUGCUGCUCCAGUUCAAGCUUACUCCCAUCCAGCACCUGUGGCUUAUGCACAACAAGCCCCAGUAUAUGCUAAAGCUGUAAUUCAAGAACCAGACACACCACCUCACUACGACUAUGGUUAUUCCGUAAACGACCCUCAUACAGGCGACAACAAAAUGCAACAAGAGACGCGUAGAGGAGACGUAGUACAAGGAAUGUACUCCUUAAUAGACGCCGAUGGUACCAAACGUACCGUACAAUAUACAGCUGACUCGCACAACGGGUUUAAUGCUGUUGUACAUAGAGAACCAUCUAAUGCACAUGUCAAAACUGUUGCUCCAGUUAUAGCUAAGGUGGCGGCUCCUGUUCAUUAUGCUCCAGCUCCACAGUAUACUCAAGUUCAAUAUAACCCAGCUCCUGUUCUCAAGUCUUAUGCGGCUCCUGCUCAAUAUGCAGCUCCAGUACAGUAUGCUCCAGCUCCAGUUCCAGUUCAUUACAACCCAGCUCCAGUACAGUAUGCUCCAGCUCCAGUUCCAGUUCAUUACAACCCAGCUCCAGUACAGUAUGCUCCGGCCCCUAUAGUAAAAUCGUAUCCAGCUCCGGCUCAAGUUGUGGAAACAUAUGCUCAAAAUCCAGCUCCUGUUUUAAGAUAUACCAAAACACCGGACAUUCAGUAUUCGCAAGCUCCAGUAGCUCAUGGUAUUACAUACGCCAAUCCACAACAUUAG